AUGGGACUUUACUGCUGGGUGGCCCUUUUGGCGGUGGGAGUGGGAGUAGUUUCCGCCCAGAAAGAUUGGUGGGAAACGGCAAGCUUCUACCAGAUCUAUCCACGAUCGUUCCAAGACAGCAAUGGCGAUGGAAUCGGUGACCUGAACGGCAUCAAGAGCCGGCUCGAAUAUCUGAAAUCGCUGGGCGUGACGGGUUUCUGGCUGUCGCCAAUAUAUCCCUCGCCUAUGGCCGACUUUGGGUACGACAUUUCCAACUUCAUCGACAUUCAUCCAAGCUUCGGCACGAUGGACGAUUUCAAGCAGCUCGUAGCAGAAGCGAAAAAACUCCAACUGCGCGUCAUCCUUGACUUUGUGCCGAAUCAUUCAAGUGAUGAGCACGAGUGGUUCAAGAAGAGCGUACAGCGUGAACCUGGAUAUGAGGAUUUUUACGUCUGGCAGGACCCCAAACCGGGUACGGAACGCGAUCCACCGAAUAACUGGGUCGCAGCAUGGUACGGGUCGGCCUGGGAGUGGAAUAACGAUCGCAAGCAAUUUUACCUUCAUCAGUUUCAUACGAAGCAACCGGAUCUGAACUACCGUAAUCCCGCGGUGGUGCAGGCUAUGAAGAAUGUGCUACGCUUUUGGUUGGACCAGGGAGUGGAUGGGUUCCGGGUCGAUGCCGUUCCGUGGCUUUUCGAGACGGUCGGCUUCCCGGACGAACCCACUAGCGGUCAGUCAAACGAUCCGUUAAGUCAAAACUACCUGCGCCAUAUAUACACGCUCGACCAACCGGAAACCGUCGACAUGGUGUAUCAAUGGCGCGAGUUACUGGAUCAGUAUAAGCAGGAGCAUAAUACUACCACUAAAGUGCUCAUGACGGAGGCCUGGUCGUCGCUGGAUGUCGUAAAAACGUACUUUAACGACAGUAACAAUCGGCAAGGAUCGCAGAUGCCUUUCAACUUUCAGCUGAUCAUGCGUCUGGACAGCAAUUCGAAGGCAUCCGAUUUCAAGACGGUGGUGGACUCGUGGAUUGAUAUCAUUCCACCCAACCAUACGCCCAACUGGGUGCUCGGAAAUCACGACAAACGGCGUGUUUCGUCGCGCAUGGGUGGAGAUCACAUGGUUGACAUAAUGGCCAUGAUCGAGCUGACCCUUCCCGGUAUAUCGGUCACCUACCAGGGAGAAGAAAUUGGCAUGCACGACGUAGAUAUAUCCUGGGCAGAUACGCAAGAUCCCGCUGCGUGCCAGCUGACUGAGCAAACGUACCAGGAAGGAACACGCGACCCGGCUAGGACGCCGUUCCAGUGGGAUUCCACUGCCAAUGCCGGCUUUACAAAUGCCUCCGUAAAGCCAUGGCUUCCACUAGCGCUAGAUUACCCGUUGGUAAACGUGCAGGUACAGCAAGAUACCGCCCAAAACAGCCAUUUGAAGGUGUUCAAAGAGCUGAUGAAUUUACGCGGCACCAAAACACUGAUCUGGGGUUCGUACAAAUCGCUGGUGCUUGGCACUAACGUUUUCGCCAUAUUGCGCUCAUUCCCCAACGAUAAGCGUACAUACGUAGUACUGACGAAUAUUGGCACCACCGUCGAAACGGUGGACGCCACAAAGCUGGACAGCAGUUUGCCCAACGAACUGGUGUAUCGUGUGGUGGGUGUAUCAUCAAAUCAUAAACCGGGCGAAACCGUUAUCGCAAAGAGUAUUCAACUGCAAGCUCAUGAAGCAGUUGUGUUAAGCAAUGGUAUGGCGAGAUUGGCGCAAAGCUUCACAGUAUUGGGCGGUGCUAUCGUACUACUGAUGGUUGUUCAUAUGUUUAAGACGUCCAUGUAA